CCGGAAAUUUUAUUUUAAUUUCGUUAAUGAAAAUAAAUUAUUUUAAUCUUAUCAUUCGAAACGAUUCUAUUAAUUAUUAAUGUCAAAAAAAAAAAUUUAAUACUACAAUGUGAUAAUGAAUAAAAAAAAUAAUUUUAUACGAUAGUGAUAAGAACUAAAGUUCUGUUUGUGAAUCAAUUACAAGGAGAGAGAAAAAAAACAACUAAAUUUUGCCUAAUCUGAGUAAAAAAAAGAGAAUAAAAACUAACGCUUCGAUGUGAUUAUAAUGAAAUACACCUGGAUUAUUUGAAUUUUUAUACAACUUUGAAAACAUUCAUAAUUAAUCAUUUAACUUUGAAUUAAUAUGCUGCUCAUUUCAAGUUCAAAGAAAAAAAAUUGUUUUUAAUGUGUGGUGCUCAGAAGAAAUAAAUAAUAAUAAAAAUAGUCACAAUGUAUGCAGCGAAGAAGGAAAUUGUUAGCAAUGUGGGAUAUUAUCACACUUACAAAUACCAUUCAAUGAAUACUCUACAUAAUAAAAUGCAUGGCAUUAGAAGAGUGAUAAUUUUUUGUAUUUUAACAACCGUUUUACCAACUUUGCUACUAAUUCUUCCAUUAUAUUUACGACAUGUUGUUUAUGCUGAUGUUACGUAUGCUGUAACAGAAUCAGAUAUUUUAGAAAUCAAGGAUGGAGUUUCGUCGAUAUUUUGUUCGGCUCACAAAUUAAAGAUGAAUGAAACAUUUAAUUCAUUUCAAGUUUCCCGAAGACCGGAAACAACGUCUUAUAGAAAGCACAUACGUUUAAAAAAAAGUAUGACACUUCCUGAUGAUACACUGGAAUAUUGGGGAUUUUAUCUUUUAAAAGGAGCAACUGUUGCCUUAUCAGUUUGCUCGAGAUUUGAGGGUGCAUCGAUACUUGUCGUUAAAGGUGAAAGAAAUUUAAAAACAUGUGGAUUAUUAGAUCACAAUAAAAAUAAAGCUCGAGCAACUGGUAUUUAUUUACCAGAAGCCGAUCAACAAGUGAAAAUAACUUUUGAAUCAAAUGCACAAGAAAUACAUUCAAAAGAAUCGAAAAAUCAACUAGAAAUUCAUCAAAGAAAAUUUUCCCAAAGGCAAUUAAACGAAACUGAAAUUAUAACCGAAAAGAAACAAUUAAAUAUUAUUCCCAUAAAGGAGAAAGCAAAAGAAAUUACAAAAUCCAAUCAAAUCAAGAAUACAAAGAGAAUUUCAAAAAAAUUACGUAAUUACAAUAAGAGACAAAAUAAUAAUAAAUUUCACGAAACUUCAUCACAAGAUAAUUUACAAAUUUCAGAAAUGAACAAUAAAAAACGAAUUAAUUUAUUAAAAGCCAAAUUUCUCGAAGAAAUACCUGACACUGCUAAAGAGGAAAAUGAUGAAAAAAAAUUAAAUCCACAAAGACAUAAACGACAUCAAGAACCAGUUGAUCCACCAAAAUUAUUAGAUCAAGGUAUAAGACACGGUGGUAAUGCAGCAAAAAAAUUUAACGAUAGUAAUAUUAAUAACGAUGAAGAUUCAUCGAUUUCAAGUUUUGAAAAUGGAUUAUUCACAUGUUACGGUGGACAAGUUCUUCUUGCCCAAGAAUUUAAUGAAUCUGAACAUUGUAUGGAUGUUUCAUAUUUAAUUAAUGGAAAACAUAUGCAAUCAAGACACGAUGUUAUUGAACCUGGUUAUUAUUAUUAUAUAUUUUACAGUGACAAUGAUAAAGUAUCAAAUGAUAUUCAUGCUGUUUUUGAUAUUUACAAACCAACAUUACAAUAUGAAAACGUAACAUUGGCAUGUAUUAAUAAAACAGAAUGUACAUUUCCACUUCCAAUAUUAACAUCAGAACGUGUUAUUGUUGAAGUACCAACAAAAGAUGGAAUCGAUCAUGAAAUGGAUGAUAUUUCACUAUUAGUUUCAACAUGUGUUCCUCGAAUGGGAGUUUAUAUUAUUUUUCCCAUUGCAGUAUUAUUUUUAAUUCUCAGUUGUGCAUUUGUUUAAAGAAAAAACAAAAUGUUCAUUUUUAUUGCUGUGAAUUACACUUGAUGAUAUAUAUAUAUAUAUAUAUAUAUAUAUAUAUAUAUAUAUAUAUAUAUAUAUAUAUAUAUAUAUAUCAGAAAUUUGUUAAUGAAUUUUUUUAUUUUGAAAAUAAAGUAAUUUAAUUUUUUA